UGCCCCAGUGCGCAUAAAGGCACAAGCGUGCCUCGUCUCUAGAGGCAGAGCGCGUUGCUGCGAGUUGGAGACAGAUUUUUUUUUUUGGAUGAAAGACCUGUGCAGCAAUUGCUGAGGAAGAGACGCGGGAGCGCAGGAGUUUGAUCCCAACUUCACUGCAGCAGGUCGUUGUAACAGCGAAUUAGUUCUCAGGGAAACAUCCCUGGGGACAGAUAUAGUCGCAAGCACACAAACACAAUUGCAAGCAGACACCAUGCAGGAGUCAGAGGCCACAGUGUGCCAGCUGCAGCCCAACAUCAUCUCAGUACGUCUUUUCAAGAGAAAGGUUGGUGGUCUGGGCUUUCUGGUGAAACAGAGGGUGUCCAAGCCGCCUGUCAUCGUGUCUGACCUUAUCCGUGGUGGCGCAGCAGAGGAGUGCGGCCUGGUGCAGGUGGGCGACAUCGUCUUGGCUGUCAACAACAAGCCCCUGGUGGACCUGUCCUACGAAAGGGCUCUGGAGACGCUGAAGAACGUGUCACCCGAGAGCCACGCCGUGCUGAUCCUCCGUGGGCCUGAGGGCUUCACCACCCACCUGGAGACCACCCUGUCUGGAGAUGGCCGCCAACGCACAGUGAGGGUCACACGUCCCGCUUUCCCACCUUCAAAGUCCUACGAGAACUGCUCCCCUCUCAGCCCAUUCAACCCUGGGCAGCAGCAGCAGGUCAACAAGGAACCCCAGCUUAGGGCCAUAGAGAACCUGUCCUCUCCGUCCAUCACCCAGUCCCUCCUGCAGAGGGGAGGCAUGCAGGCCCAGGACCCCCUCCUGAUGAGAGAUGGGAGCCGCGGAGCUCUCCUGUGCAACGGGUUGGAGGAGAACAACGAGCUGCUGAAGGAGAUCGAACCAGUGCUGCGCCUCAUCAAAAACAGCAAAAAGGAGAUCAAUGGAGAAGGCCAAAGGAAUGCGGGGAGAAGAGAUGCCGAGAUUCAAGUGGCCUGGGACCUUGGCGUGGGAAAUGGCACGUCUCCUCAGCUGGCGUCAGAUAACGACAGAAUGCUGGAAAACAUGCCGGUGGUGCUCCACAACACUGACAAGCCCCCGGCCCAGGGCAGGACCUCACCCACUAAGUCGCUGCAGAACGGCAGCCCCUCCAAAUGCCCCCGCUUCAUCAAGAUCAAGAACUGGGAGACUGGCACUAUCUAUAACGACACACUCCACCAGAGCUCCAGCAAGAUGCCAAUCUGCACUGAAAAUGUGUGCAUCGGCUCAGUGAUGAUGCCCAACCAGCAGAUCCACAAACCAGACGAGGUCAGAACCAAAGAGGAGCUUCUUUCACUGGCUACUGACUUCCUAGACCAGUACUACAGCUCCAUCAAAAGGUAUGGCUCUAAGGCGCAUGUGGACAGGCUGGAGGAGGUGACCAAGGAGAUUGAAGCGUCAGGAACUUACCAGCUGAAAGACACUGAACUGAUUUAUGGAGCCAAGCAUGCCUGGAGGAAUGCUGCCCGAUGUGUAGGGAGGAUCCAGUGGUCCAAACUACAGGUUUUUGAUGCUAGAGACUGCACAACAGCUCAUGGAAUGUACAACUACAUCUGUAACCACAUCAAGUAUGCUACCAACAAAGGCAACCUGAGGUCGGCUAUCACCAUAUUUCCUCAGAGGAUAGAUGGCAAACAUGACUUUCGUGUGUGGAACUGUCAGCUGAUUCGUUAUGCUGGCUACAAGCAGCCUGAUGGACAGAUCCACGGAGACCCUGCUAAUGUGGAAUUUACAGAGAUAUGCAUGCAACUGGGAUGGAAAGCUCCGAAAGGUCGUUUUGAUGUUCUGCCCCUCCUGCUGCAAGCCAAUGGAAAUGACCCUGAGCUGUUUGAAAUUCCUGAAGACCUCAUCCUGGAGGUGCCAAUCACACACCCAAAGUACGAGUGGUUCAAGGACCUGGACCUAAAGUGGUAUGGCCUCCCGGCGGUCUCCAACAUGCUGCUGGAGAUUGGUGGUCUGGAGUUCACUGGCUGCCCCUUCAGUGGCUGGUACAUGGGCACAGAGAUUGGCGUGAGGGACUUCUGUGACAGCUCACGCUUCAACCUUCUGGAGGAGGUUGCUAACAGGAUGGCCUUAGACACCAGGAAGACUUCCUCCCUUUGGAAAGACAAAGCACUGGUGGAGAUCAACAUUGCAGUUCUCUACAGCUUCCAGUCAUGCAAAGUGACCAUAGUAGACCAUCACUCAGCCACAGAGUCCUUCAUGAAGCACAUGGAGAAUGAGUACCGGGUACGAGGUGGCUGUCCUGGAGACUGGGUGUGGAUUGUGCCUCCCAUGUCAGGGAGUAUCACACCGGUUUUCCACCAAGAAAUGCUCAAUUACCGCCUCACCCCUUCGUUUGAGUACCAGCCUGAUCCCUGGAAUACCCAUGUGUGGAAAGGAAUCAAUGGGACGCCCACAAAGAAAAGGGCCAUCGGAUUCAAGAAGCUUGCCAAGGCUGUGAAGUUUUCAGCUAAGCUCAUGGGUCAGGCCAUGGCCAAGAGAGUGAAAGCCACCAUACUGUUUGCCACAGAGACGGGCAAAUCGCAAGAUUAUGCCAAAACUCUCUGUGAAAUCUUCAAGCACGCUUUUGAUGCAAAGGUCAUGUCAAUGGAUGAAUAUGAUGUGGUGGACCUGGAGCAUGAGACGCUGGUGUUAGUGGUGACCAGCACAUUCGGCAAUGGUGAUCCACCUGAAAAUGGAGAGAAAUUUGGAGCUGCCUUAAUGGAGAUGCGCCACCCAACAUCCAACACAGAGGAUAGAAAGAGCUACAAGGUCCGUUUCAACAGCGUGUCCUCCUACUCUGACACUCGCAAGUCCUCCAGCGACGAGCCGGAAGCCAGGAUUAACUUUGAGAGCACCGGAGCUCUCGCCAAUGUCAGGUUCUCAGUGUUUGGCCUUGGCUCCAGGGCCUACCCACACUUCUGCGCCUUUGCCCACGCUGUGGACACGCUGUUUGAAGAGCUGGGAGGGGAGCGCAUCCUACGCAUGGGGGAAGGAGAUGAGCUGUGUGGCCAGGAGGAGUCAUUCAGAACCUGGGCCAAGAAGGUUUUUAAGGCGGCCUGUGACGUGUUCUGUGUUGGCGAUGACGUGAACAUCGAGAAGGCCAACAACUCCUUGAUCAGCAACGACCGCAGCUGGAAGAAGAGCAAGUUCCGUUUGACGUACACAGCCGAGGCCCCGGCCCUCACAGAAGCUCUGUACAGUAUCCACAAGAAGAAAGUGUAUGGAGCAAAGAUACUAGAAUCUCAAAACUUGCAAAGUUCCAAAUCCAAUCGCUCCACCAUAUUUGUGCGGCUCCACACAAACAACCACGACAUGCUGAGCUACCAGCCCGGCGACCAUCUGGGCAUCUUCCCUGGCAACCACGAGGACCUGGUGACGGCUCUCAUAGAUAAACUGGAGGAUGCUCCACCUGUCAAUCAAAUUGUGAAAGUGGAGUUCCUGGAGGAGAGGACCACUGCCCUAGGUGUCAUCCGUAACUGGACAAAUGAGACUCGUAUCCCUCCCUGCACCAUCUACCAGGCCUUCCAGUACUUCCUGGACAUCACCACCCCACCGAGCCCUGUGCUGCUGCAGCAGUUUGCUGCUCUGGCAACCAAUGACAAACAGAAAAAGAAACUAGAGAUCCUCAGUAAGGGCUUGCAGGAGUAUGAGGAGUGGAAGUGGUACAAUAAUCCGACACUGGUGGAGGUGCUGGAGGAGUUCCCCUCCAUCCAGAUGCCCUCCACUCUGCUGCUCACUCAGCUGCCCCUGCUGCAACCUCGCUACUACUCUAUCAGCUCCUCUCCAGACCUGCACCCAGGAGAGAUCCAUCUCACCGUCGCUGUGGUCUCUUACCGUGCCAGAGAUGGAGAGGGACCUAUCCACCAUGGAGUGUGUUCGUCGUGGCUCAACAGGAUAGAGAUGGGAGAGAUGGUGCCAUGUUUUGUCCGAGGCGCACCAUCAUUCCAUCUUCCUAAAGACAACCAAGCACCGUGUAUCCUGGUGGGACCAGGAACAGGAAUCGCCCCAUUCAGAAGCUUCUGGCAACAGAGACUACAUGACCUUGAACACGGAAUUGAGUCGUGCCCCAUGAUCCUGGUGUUUGGUUGUCGGCAGUCUGAGAUGGACCACAUCUACAAGGAGGAGACCAUCCAGGCCAAGAACAAAGAAGCGUUUAAGGAGCUCUACGCGGCCUAUUCCAGAGAACCCGGCAAACCAAAGAAAUAUGUACAGGAUGUACUGCGUGAGCAGCUGUCAGAGAAGGUGUACCAGUGCCUGAGGGAGGAGGGAGGACACAUCUAUGUGUGUGGGGAUGUUACAAUGGCUGGGGAUGUUCUCAAGACUGUCCAGCAAAUCAUCAAGCAGCAGGCCAACAUGACCCUGGAGGAUGCUGGCUUCUUCAUCAGCAAGCUGCGGGAUGAGCAUCGCUACCAUGAGGACAUCUUUGGCGUCACCCUGCGCACCUAUGAGGUCACCAACCGGCUUCGUUCAGAGUCCAUAGCCUACAUUGAGGAGAGCAAAAAGGACUCAGAUGAGGUUUUCUGCUUGUAGGUCCUUGGAUCCUGGGGCUUUCUGACAACAACCAGUCUGGAGGACACAGCAAAGCUGGUUAUAAAAUACUGUGCCACUUUUUGUACUGUAAAAAAGAAAAAAAAAGGGUUUCUUUCUUUUUUUAUACCACUUUAAUGUUUCUGUUGGGCUCUGCAAUUUUGUCUGUAGCAAAUUGGAAAUGUUCUGUUCUCUGAGAAUCUGUUUUGCUUGUUGAUGAUACUUCCAAAAAUGAUAAAUUGUUCAUUUUGAUUCAUAAUGUGUGCACCUAGUGUAAUGACCUGCCUCAUUGUGAAUGCAUGACCAAGACACGAAUAUAGACAAGAAUAUACUCAAGAAAUAUAAUAUACUCUGUGUUAUUGUUAGUUAAAAAGCUUUUAUUGGGGUUUUAUAUUUACGAGGAAAAGUGUGGCAUUGACUACAAGCUCACAGACAUUUCUGAAAUAUGAAUUAAGUCGAGUUUAGGUUUCAGAAAAGAAUUAGGGCUGGUCAAAUCUAUUUUGGCUGUUUUUUUUAAUCAAAGUUCAAGGGGGAGAGAAAUUUGAAAGAUGUACAGGCAUGCAGAUAGAAAAACUGAAAGGCAGAUUUUCUGUGUGCAAAUGUGUUGACAGGUCGCCCUGAAUUAUGAAAACAGCGAUUCUGUCACAGCCUCGACUAACAUAUUAUCUCACUCUUCACUGGCAGUCCAUCAGAAUGCAUCAGCCUCUGUUCCAGGUCUCUUUUAAGUGGCCUGUCCAUUCUCUCCCUAACAUCAUAAUGUGUGUCCCAGCUGGUGCUUUCCUAACCCACAGUGGCUGCAUAGGAAUGUGCAGGGCAGCCAUUAAAGAAGUAGUCUUUACCUGAGUGACAUAUUUACAUAUUUGAAUCAACUAAAAUUAAUGACAAAUUAAAAUAUCUUUAAACGUAUUUCAGGGCUCUCAGAUUUAAAAAAUAUUGAAGUAUUGAUGUGUUGACUAUAAUAAAGGAAAAAUCAAGUCCAAUCAUAUAAUCAUGGUGGAAGGACAUUGUUUUGAAAGAUGAUUUCUUGAAUUGUAGAUGAUUAUUUAAUGAUUAUUCAAUGACUAAAUCAGUAGUUUAUAAGUUAAAGUUUUUUUUGGGGGAAAUAUGCUUAUUCUCUUUCUUGGAUAUUGGUUUUACGGGAGACUAUGUGCCAGACUUUUUCUUGCCUGGAAGCACUCCCGGCCAAGAAAUGAUCCAUUUUGAUUAUGAGAAUUUGGUUAUUUUGGGAUUUUGCCAAGCUACCUGUUUUCUCCCUUUCCAGUCUUAAUACUAAGCUAAGGCCUCUGGCUGUAGCGUCUUAUUUACCCUACAAACGUGAUAGCGGUAUCAAUUUUCUCUUACCUUACUCUUUCAAACUAUUCCUUUUUAAAUGUCUCUGUUACAAAACAUCGUUAAGUAAAGCAAAAAAUCACUAUAGCACCAUGUGCUGCCCAGACCAUAUCUGACAGCUAUUGAGCUUUUAAAAAUUGCAUCAUAACUCCUCUGCCUCAUGCCUUACAUAUUAACUCUCUGCCUCGACGUACAUACUGCACAUUCAUUCUUUCUUUUGUCUCUCUGCAUGAUUGUGAGCAACCCUACAGCUCACACGCCACCCUUUCACUGUGACCUAACACCGUGUGUGUGUGUGUGUGUGUGUGUGUGUGUGUGUGUGUGUGUGUGUGUGUGUGUGUGUGUGUG